GCGAUAUUUCUGCAUUUUGGACGUUUGGGCAUGUCGACCGUCGAGCCGUCGCGCUAUGGCCCCGAUUUCCACUGCGUGACUGUUUCCCGCGACGUAUUCGAAGUGCGGUCGCACUACACGAACCUGCGGCCCAUCGGCGGGGGAUCCUACGGCAUCGUCGUGUCGGCGGAGGACACGUUGCGAGGUCGCAAAGUCGCGAUCAAGAAGAUCACAGAUGUCUUUGACGACCUCACGGAUGCGAAGCGCAUCUUGCGGGAAAUGAAGCUGCUCAAACACCUCGGUGCCCACGAGAACAUCAUCAACAUUCUCGACGUGAUCCUGAUUCCCCCCAACACGACAAACUUUGACGACAUUUACAUCGUCACGGACUUGAUGGAGAGCGACUUGGAACGCAUCAUCUCGUCGUCGCAGGGGCUGAGCGACGCGCACUUUCAGUACUUUCUCUAUCAGAUCCUCCGCGGCACCAAGUUUAUCCAUUCCGCCAACGUCCUGCAUCGUGACCUCAAGCCGUCGAAUCUGCUCGUGAACUCGAACUGCGAUCUGUCGAUCUGCGACUUUGGCCUUGCCCGCGGGGUCGAGCUCUCCCACAACGAAGACCUGACGGAGUACGUCGUCACCCGGUGGUACCGCGCGCCCGAGUUGCUCACGGACUGCCAGAACUACGGCAACGCCGUCGACAUGUGGGCCAUUGGAUGUAUCUUCGCCGAGAUGCUCAAGCGCCGUCCCUUCUUCACUGGCAAAGAUCCUUCGGAUCAACUGCACAUGAUUGUCCGAAUAUUGGGAUCCCCGACGCCCGACGAAAUGAAUUUUGUCACGCAUGAAGCGGCCAGGAAGGCCAUCACACAGCAUGGAUAUUAUCCGAAGCGCCCGCUGAACGAAUUCUUUCCCAAUGCCAACCCCCUCGCAAUCGACUUGCUCGCCCGCAUGCUGAAGUUCAGCCCAGACGAACGCAUCACAGUGACCCAAGCUCUCGAGCAUCCGUAUUUGACCCAGCUCCACAACCCCGCGGACGAACCUGUCGCGUCGUCGCCGUUCAACUUUGACUUUGAGCGCGAGUCGUUGGACCAAGGCGUUGAAAUGCCCAAGCACGACCUCCAAAACUUGGUCUACCUCGAAAGCGUCGCGAUUCUGACUGCAGAAAACCAGCACAUGCGUUGACGCAGUGAGUGGUCAAUCAAUCCCCUCUUGUGUUGUUGCAUGCAAUCGAUCCUUGAACGCUCA